AUGACAACCAAGUCGUCUUCCUCGGUGGCUUCGGCCGCCGAUCAUGCUCAGGACAGCGAGAGGCAGCCUCUCCUUGGAUCAUCUUCCACUUCUCCCGACUAUCACGCUAUCUCUCACCACUCUUUGCCAUCUGCACCACGGGCUUGGCGUUCGAGAGGCUCACCUUACCUCACUCUCUUCCUCCGUUUCUACUUUGCCCUGGGCGUGCUGCUCUUGCUACCUGUCACCGUCCUGCUCAUAAUACUGGCCAUCAACUAUUUUGAGCCCAUUCCGUUGCUCCUCCCUCCCCAUCGCUCGCCUGCUGUAUUGCCCUUUUGGUUUUGCCUCAUCUCGGUUUCCAUGCUAGGCCCUGGUCUUCUCUUCUUCGAGCUUGCAACCCACGCUACCAAUUUCUUUCAUCUCUUCGUCCUUUGCUGCACCGUGGCCGACGUGGUGCUCCUCCUCGCCGUUCCAGAAUUUCGUGUCACCCACUCUUCCCUCGGCUUCACCUCCGUUGCUCUCUGCUUCCUUUCCACGCUCUGGGCCUUCCUAUCAUCUCAUCAUCUGCAAAAGCAAAAAAUUCCCUUCACGCUCAAUCCUGAUGUAGGCGCUCCCAUUGUCACCGAGAUCCCACUGGCACGAGCUCAAGCAAAGUGGAAGAGGCGUUUCAAGCUCUUCUGGGCCUUGUUCGGUUGCCUUGCUGUCGCCCUCGCUUCUGCGCUCGUAACCUUGGACUUAGUGCUAGACGCAGCCGAUUCUGGUUUCCGACCUCUCGGCAAUCUUACCAUGGUGCAUCCCACUUCACUCACUAAGCAUCCGGUCUACCCAUCCGAUCCGGCCGAUGUCAACCCUUAUCCUGUUUCGUUCCGCCUUCAUCUCGCCUGCGAGUCCACUCCUGCUCGCCCAGGUACCCUCAAGUCGGACAACGCUUCCGUUGAUGCACCCACCGCCCUGGUCAUGUCGGACCGAGGCGUGUCUGGCGUAGUCGCAGCGCAGUUCCUCCGCGAGAUGGUGGCUUCCUCCCCUUCUAAUUCUGGCGGCGGCGACGAUGGUCACCUUGCUCUAACUCGCGUCUGCUUCUGGGACCGUAUCGGUUACGGUCAUUCAGACUUUGUCUACCAACCUACCUCGGUGCGCUUGCAGACCGAAGCUCUCUACCAUGCUCUUCAAAAGCAUGACCAGGUUGACCUCAACGCAAGCCCUCAGCAUGCUGCGGGAAAGAAGGAAAAGGGGGAUGGUGAAUUGCUCGGAAAGUUCAUGCUCGUCUCCACCGGCUAUGGUGCUCUUUUCGCCCAAGACUUUGCCAUUCAGCAUCCUGACCUGGUGCAUUCUUUCCUCCAUGUGGAUGCAGAGACUCCCGCCUCUUGGUACACCGACACAGCUUCUCAAGGUUCCGGAGCACGUGCAGGAUAUCUUGCCGAACGUCACGGACCCUUUGGUUCGCUUUUCUACGACCUUCUGCCUGCUCUCAUCGAGCCUGUCGGCAUCACACGCAUCAUCGGCCUGCUCAAAGGCAAGACGGUAGUUGACCGCAUCCUGGCUCCAGGACAACGCGCACGCGCAGCGCGCCAACACGACAUUGGUGGCGGAGGUUGGAGAAUCUAUGGCGCUGGUGGUGGCAACCCGAGGCUCCUUAUGUCGUCUUGGCUAGAGCGCUUGGACGCCAAUCUGGGCACUGCGAGCCCUAACUUUGCUCGCCUCCGCAAGUCCAGUUCCGACUACCAGACGUUGCUGUCCAAGCGUCCUGUCGCGGUGCUUUCCAGCUUUUGGAGGAUACAUGCUGACAUCGAUGGCUGGGGUCAGGAGCAGCGUGAGACUUUAGUGGCACCAGCCAAGAACAGCUCAACCCUCAUCGGUUGGUGGCGCGUCGGAGACCGCAAACGGAGGACCGGCGGUGGCGACGAAGGUGGUCCAGCUGGAAUCUGUUCAACGAAGAUGGGCGUCAUCUUCUGCAAAGAGGCCGUUCGCAAGCUCAUUGCUGCCGGUCAAAUGUGGAACUCCACAGUCGUAUCUCCACUUUCCGCCUGA